ACAUGGUACUGCUGCUGCCCCAUCGCUGGUUCUGCCCCGCGUGGAGGCGACUGGAUGAAAUGAUCCAGAUUGAAUGUCACGACUUGAAUCUCAACCACUACCGAUUCGGUCUUUCUCCCUACCGGCUUACGAAAUAUCGAUCAUAUCCAUCGGCACACUUGUCGUUACGCAGUGAGGCUGCCGGUUAGCGAGUGACAACGUGUUCACUUCACAUAUCUUGUCCGGUUUUACAAUAUUUGUCCGACACGUCGCUAAUAUCUAAGUGAAGGAAAGGAGAACCCUCCCUUCCUCCCAACUUUUGAAACCCCACUCCGACAUUCAACGAAGGGAAAAUCCUAACUUAGGUGCCAAGAUGUCAGAGGAACUGGAGCAAAUUCUGUUGCAGCUGACACAGCCUGACAAUGCAGUUAUUCAGCAGGCCACAGCCCAGUUGAAGCUGGCUUUCAAAGACCCGGCAAUUAUCCCAGCCCUGUGUGCUGUCAUGACCACUUCCCAGAACCAUCAGAUUCGCCAGUCAGCUGCAGUGAUGCUGAGGAUGAGGGUGAAGAAGCACUGGAAGAAGAUAAGCCCUGAUCACAGAGAAAGCCUUAAGGUGGUGGUGCUGCAAGCCUUCACCCAGGAAUCAGACCACACUGUGCGUCACUCGCUCUCCCAACUGAGCGCGGUGAUGGUGAAGCACGAGACCCCCGACCGCUGGCCCGCCCUCCUGGAGCUCCUCAACCAGUCCACCAAGAGCAACAACCCCCAGGACAGACAGGUUGGCUUGCUGCUACUGAGCAAAGUGGUGGAGUCCAACCCGGAGCCCUUCAAGCCCCACUACCACCAGCUGCUGCAGCUGUUUGGGGACGUUCUGCAGCAGGACCUGGAGAACCCAGCGUGCCUGUACUACUGCAUCCUCACCCUCACCGCCAUCACCGCCUACGUGGGCUCUGAGGAGAUGAACCUGAUGCGCUCCCUUAUCCCAAAAAUGAUCAUCGCACUGAAACACCUUAUCAAGGCCGAUCAGGACCAAGCCAGCGAGGCCAUGGAAAUCUUUGACGAGCUGAUGGAGAGUGAGGUGUCCAUCAUCGUCCCGCAUAUCGUGGAAAUCGUCCACUUCUGCUUGGAGGUGAGCACAGACACCACCCUGAGCGACUCCCUGCGCGUCAAGGCCCUCUCCUGCAUCGCAUUCCUCAUCCGCCUGAAGAGCAAGACGGUGCUGAAGCACAAGCUCCUCAGCCCCAUCCUGCAGGGCAUCUUCCCCGUGCUCAGUGCGGCGCCCCCACCUGGCGAGGAGGACCCCGAGGACGACGAGAACGACAGCGGGGACGGCUCCGACAGCGAGAGCCCCAAGCACUAUGCCGCUCAGGUCAUCGACACCAUGGCCCUCCACAUGCCCCCGGAGAAGCUGUUCCAGCAGCUGAUGCCACUGGCCCAGGCCUGUCUCUCCAGUGGAAACCCCUAUGAGAGGAAGGGGGGUCUCAUGUGCCUGGCUGUCCUGGCUGAGGGUUGUGCGGACCACAUACGCACCAAGCUGCUGUCCUCGAUGCUCCAGACAGUGUGCCAGAGUCUGUCCGAUAGUAACCAGGUCGUGCGCAGUGCCGGCCUCUUUGCCCUGGGACAGUUCUCUGAACACUUGCAGCCCGAGGUGAGCAAGUACUGCAGCGAGUUGAUGCCCCUGCUGCUGGGGUACAUGUCCUGCCUGAACCAGGCCAAGGUGGGCCACGUCACCAAGGCCUUCUACGCCCUGGAGAACUUCAUGGAGAACCUGGGCGAGGAGAUCGCCCCCUAUCUGCCCACCCUGAUGGAGACCAUGCUCUCGGCCCUGCACAACGCAGAGGAGCUCAAGAUCAAAGAGCUGGCCGUGUCCGCCAUCGGUGCCAUAGCCAACGCGGCCAAGGAGCUCCUGGUUCCCUACUUCCCCCCGGUCAUCGAGAGCCUGAAGGGCUUCCUCACGGCCACCACGGAGGAGAUGCGGGCCCUGCAGACCCAGGCCCUCGACACCCUGUCCGUGCUGGCUCGCACCAUUGGCAAGGACGUGUUCGGUCCGCUGGCCGCCGAGUGCGUUCAGCUCGGCCUCAACCUCAGCAACACCAUCGACGACCCGGACCUGCGCCGCUGCACGUACAGCCUGUACUCUGCUGUGUCCACCGUCAGCCCAGACUGCCUGACCCCUCACCUCGACUCCAUCACCACCGUCAUGCUGAUGGGGCUCAAGUCGACAGAAGGAGUGACGACACACCUGGAGGAGGACAAGACCUUCGUCCUCCUGGACGAAGACGACGACGACGACGACGAAAUCGAGAAAGACGGAGACGCCAUCUUGACGGACGAGGAGCAGAUCGACCUGCACGACAUCGCCGGGUUCAGCGUGGAGAACGCCUUCAUCGACGAGAAGGAGGACGCCUGCGACGCUCUGGGGGAGAUCGCCUUCAACACGGGCGCGGCCUUCCAGCCCUACCUGGAGACCUGCUUCCAGCAGGUCUACGACAUGAAGGAGUUCCCCCACGAGGAUGUGAGGCGUGCAGCGUUCGGAGCCAUGGGCCAGUUCUGUCGCGCUCAGCACAAAGUGUGGAAGGAGACCCCCAGCGAGGCCAACCACCAGGCGAUGCACAAGCUGCUGGACGUGGUGCUGCCCUGCCUGGUGGAGACGGUGCGCUCGGAGCGGGAGCGCCACGUGGUGAUGAGCGUGCUGGAGGCCAUGAACGGCGUGGUCAAGGCCUGCCAGGGGGAGGCGCUUCAGCAGCCCGGGCGCCUGCAGGACAUCAGCCACGCCAUCCGGGACGUGCUGAAGAAGAAGACCGUGUGUCAAGAUGGCGGGGGUGACGAGGCCGAAGACGAGGACCAACAGGCGGAGUACGACGCCAUGCUGCAGGAGUUUGCCGGCGAGGGCAUCCCGGUGCUUGCCUCGGCCGUGCCCGCCGACGUCUUCCUCCCCUACCUCAACGACCUGCUGCCCCUCAUCAUGAGCAAGGCAAAGGCGUCGUGCACGGUGGCGGACCGCUCCUUCUCGGUGGGCACGCUGGGGGAGGUGCUGCAGUCCCUGGUGACGGUUAGCGGGGGCCGGGCGGUGGCAGGCCGUCUGGCCAACCGCCUGCUGCCCGUGCUGGUGGCCGGCGUCAGGGACAGCAACUCUGAGGUCCGCAACAACAGCGUGUUCGGCCUGGGCGCCCUGGCGGAGGCCGCCGGCCCCGUCAUCGUCUCCGACUUCCCCAUGAUGCUGUCUGUGUUCUCCAACCUGCUGUCCAAGGAGGAUGACCGCCGCGUCAUUGACAACCUGUGUGCCGCCCUGUGCCGGAUGAUCACCAGCAACGUGGAGGUCAUCCCCUUGGAGCAGGUGGUCCCCGCCCUGGUGGCACGCCUGCCCCUGGAAGAGGACCUGGAGGAGAACAAGACGGUGUACAGCUGCCUGGCCAUGCUGUACACCCACAGCCCCGGCCUGAUCGUGAGCCAGAUGAAGACGAUAGUGGCCGCUGCCACCCACGUGCUCGGAUCCAAAGAUGUGGACACGGAGACCCAGAACCACUUGGGUCUGCUGAUCCGCAACUUCGCCCAGCAGCACUCGGCGGAGUUCCAGGCCGCAGUGACCUCACUUCCUGCCGAGCAGCAGGCCGUGCUGAGUGCAGCCAUCAGCGUGUCGUAGCACCGCCCCCUCUCCUCUCUCUCUCUCCCCCCCCCCCCCCCCCCCCCCCCCCACCAUCCAGCUGACCAACUGCUCCUCUGGGGAAAACCGGUUUUAGAGAAAGAGCAACAUAAAUAUGAUAAAACCAUACAAUAAAUCUCUACUUUCUACUUCCAUUGCAAAACCAAACAGAGAAGACGAAUGGGAGAGCACUCUUCAUAUAUGCAUUUCGGAAACCCCUUUUUUUCCUGCUUGUUCAGCACCAGUUUGAGUCGGCUCAUGUUUCAUCCAACAACUGUUGUGUUCUAGUAUUAACUUUUUUAAUUUAUUUGUUUGUGUGCAUGCCAAGUUUUAUGAAAUAACAUACCACUCUUCAUUCUUUUUUUCUCCGGCGCCAUUCUUCACAUUGAGCAGGAUUGCUUCCCCACCCCCCCUCCUCCUCCUUAAUUUUUGUUUGCUAUUCCGAAAAACUACCAACUGCCUUUUGACAAGUUAUGAAUUGGAUACAUAAAUGCCUCUUUUUCUCAGA